UACCCAGGUGAGAUGAGGAGUAAAUAUAAUAAUCCUUUACUUCAUAAUUUAUGAUCAUAGGCAUUUUUUCAAUUACCGUUCAACUUACUUAUUAGCUCUGGAAGUUAAAGUUAAAAAGGAAGAGUUUGGAGGAUACGACCAAAAAGGUCUAGAGAAUCUAUCCACAUCAGUAAUAGAUCUUCAAGACCUGAAGGAUGAACCAGAACCAGAGGAAAAUCAACCAGGUUGUUCAGGCAGUAAGAACAGAAUAAAAAUGAUGAAAACACCUGAAGAAGAUUUGGGUAGAUACAUUGAAGAAAGAACAUUAAGUAAAAACAUAAACGUUCAAACUGGAACAGCACCUUACACAUGUGCAAUUUGUUUAAAACAAUUUACAGCAGCAUGUACUCUGAAAUUACAUAUGGUGACUCACACUGGAGAAAAGCCUUAUAAGUGUGAUACUUGUUUGAAACAGUUUACUGCACCAAGUGGUCUGAAAUCACAUAUGGUGACUCACACAGGAGAAAAGCCUUACAAGUGUGAUAUUUGUUUAAAGCAGUUUAAUGAUGCAAGUAAUUUGAGAAGACAUGUGAUAACACACACUGGACUAAAGCCUUACAAGUGCGAGAUUUGUUUUAAGCAGUUUACUCACGCCAAUCAUUUGAAACUACAUAUGAUGACUCACACUGGAGAAAAGCCUUAUGAGUGUGAUAUUUGUUUUAAGCAGUUUACUCAAGCCGUUCCUUUGAAAUCACACAUGAUGACUCACACUGGAGAAAAACCUUACAAGUGCGAUAUUUGUCUUAAGCAGUUUACUUAUGCCAGUAGUUUGAAAUCACACAUGAUGAGUCACACUGGAGAAAAGCCUUAUAAGUGUGAUAUUUGUUUUAAGCAGUUUACUCAACCCGGUCUUUUGAAGUCACACACGAUGACUCACACUGGAGAAAACCCUUACAAGUGCGAGAUUUGUCUUAAGCCAUUUACUCAAGCCGGUCAUUUUAAAUCACAUAUCAUGACUCACACUGGAGUAAAUCUUCACAGAUGUGAAAUUUGUUUGAAGCAGUUUACUGCGGCAAGUGCUUUGAAAAGACACUCGAGAAUACACACUGGAGAAAAGCCUUACAAGUGCAAAAUUUGUUUUAAGCAGUUUACUCAAUCUAGUAAUUUGAAAUCACAUGUGAUGACUCACACAGGAGAAAGUCCGUACAAGUGUGAUAUUUGUUUUAAGCCGUUUACUAAAACCAAUAAUUUAAAAUCACAUAUGAUGACUCACACUGGAGAAAAGCCUUAUAAGUGUGAUAUUUGUUUGAAACACUUUGCUCAGGCAAUUAAUUUGAAAACACAUUUGAGAACACACACUGGAGAAAAGGCCUAUACGUGUGACAUUUGUCUCAAACAGUUUAGUCAAACCGGUCAUUUGAAAUCACAUAUGACGACUCAUACUAAAGAAAACCUCACAGAUGUAUGAAACAGUUGAUAAGAUACACUGAGGAAAAUUCUUGCGAAGUGUGACAUUUCUUUUAAUAAAUUUACGCAAACAAUUCAUUUGAAAAGACACUGCAGAUACAACUUUAUAAGUAUUAUUCUUAAAUUAUUUUGUUGUGAUAUUUUAAUGUACUUUACUAUUUUGUUGGGAAUAAGCAACAAGUUUACCUUAAAAUUAAGUUUAUUUGACGUUUUGAUUACCAUGUUCGAAAUUGUUCUCAAAAACAAAAGAUUAAUAAAUUAAACAAAUUAUUUUUUGCUUUCAAAAAAAACUUCUAUUAAUGUAAUUUUAUCUCACUUAUUCAUAUUGACAAUUAAGACAUAUUUUAUAAAAAUCCACGAGGAAAAAGUUUUUCUGUAGUUGGCUGUAUACCAUAUAUUACAAAAACGAUAAAAUCCUUUAUAAAGAGUAUAUUUGUUAAAAUCCCUAAAAAGGUCUACAUCACAGAACUAGUUUUCGACAGGAUGACCGAUCAUCAUCAGUGCUUACAUAAACUUGAUAACUUGAAAUCAACAUAAAAUUGCUUGUCUUAACCCCAGGUGUAAUCACAAGAGGGUUCAAUAUCGAUUUCAUGUGUAAACUGGUUUGCCUACCACCCUCAUUAAAAACAUUCUAACUAUAACAUCAAGUUUAUUUUCAUUUUAAUUGAUUAUUUAUCGCAGUGGAGUGAUUGCAGUUACUGUUCUCAAUUUAACAAGCUUUACAAUAUCGAUACAUUUUUGGCAUAAUAACGUAAGUCACCAAAAACGAUUUUGUAUAAAAAGCAUGUUAUUUCUUUUCAUGUGUUUCUUUUGUGGGUAUGAUUAAAACAAUUCUGGACAUACGUUUUUAAAAUAGUUAAAAAAAGGUUUAAAGCAAUUCUAGGCUUACUACACUUUGGCAGACCUUCUAAACAAUAAUAUCGUAAAUGUCACUUACGUUACUUUGCAAAAAAUGUAUCGAUAUAUUCUACAUAACUAACAGGGAAAUUUUUUACUUCUUGUGGAACUGUCAUUUCUGUCAUGUCAUCGUUCGGAAUUUUCGCUGUCACUGCCACUUGCUACCAUAUUCGCAAAAUUAAAUUCCAACAGAGGGCGCUCAAAAUUUCAAAGAUGGACGACAACGCUAGGAAAACAAUUCAUUUUGUCAUUUGAAUUCACAGUUCUAAAACGUUAAAUUAAAAUCAUUUACAGGAGUGUUUUGCCAAAGUAACCACUAAGUUUUGCAACUAAGACAUCUUAUAACGUAAAGACGACUCAAAAUUAUGUUUAAUCUGUAUGCAUUCAUUAAAAUUUGAUUCUAACUACUGAUUUGUUUUUACCUUUUUUUCAUAAAAAAAUCUGGCCCCCGAUAAUCACACAGCGUUCUAAAAAUUAUUAAUCUAUCUUAGGAUUUCUAAUUUUGUUUUUAAUUUAAUUAAUCGGUGCACUACAGCUUAUUUUACACCGACAGAUAACAAUUUUUAAUUAAAUAAAAACUGGAAACUAAGUAGGUGAAUUUAUUUUAUAAUAAUUGUGUUCUGGAAAUUACGAAGUGGUCGGGAUAUUUCUCAUAACAAUGUACAUUCUAUGUACAGAAUAUAUACUACAUUUUAUUCAUUUAUUUAAUUUUGCAGUCGCUUAAACAUUAAAAAAUACUUCGUUUAAUACAAACGUUAAAUUAACAAAAUGUGUGAUUUGGCAUUGGUUAAUUUAGGUCAUUACGUAGAGUAUAAUAGAAA